CUCCCACCUCUCCCCCCCUUCCCCUCCGCCAUAAUCAUCAUGGCAACGUCGACAACCCCCAAGAAGAAGCGAGUCUCGGAGCUCUAUCAGAAAUUAACCCAGUUAGAGCACAUCAUCAAGCGACCUGACACAUAUAUCGGCUCCGUCGAACGCACCGAGAAACAGCUAUGGGUUUACAAUACAGAGAAAGACCGCGUCGAGUUCCGAGAGGUCUCCUUUGUACCCGGUAUCUUCAAGAUCUUCGACGAAAUCCUGGUCAAUGCCGCCGACAACAAGCAAAAUGACAAGAACAUGGACGAGCUGAGGGUGACGAUUGAUAGAGAAAAAGGCGAGAUCAGUGUGUGGAACAACGGUCGCGGUAUCCCGAUUGAGAUCCACUCCAAAGAGCAGAUCUACAUCCCUGAAAUGAUCUUCGGCCACCUUCUCACCGGCUCCAACUACGACGACGAUCAAGCCAAAAUCACUGGUGGUCGCAACGGCUAUGGUGCAAAACUUUGCAACAUUUUCAGCACAGAAUUCACCGUAGAGACAGCUGAUUCUCGACAAAAGAAGAAGUACAAACAAACAUGGACCGCGAAUAUGUCCAAAAUGGGCAAGGCCAAGAUUACAGACCACAAAGGAGACGACUUCACAAAGGUCACUUUCCACCCUGACUUUGAGAAGUUCGGCAUGACUGGCUUCGACGAUGAUCUCGAAGCUCUAUUUAAACGCCGAGUCUACGAUCUUGCUGGAACAUGCAAAGGUGUUGCAGUCAAAUUGAACGGCUCUCGCAUCCCAGCCAGAAAUUUCAAAAAGUACAUUGAAAUGUAUACCAAGGCCAUCAAGCAAGAACGAGGAGAAGAGGCCGCAAAUGAUACUUCAGAGAUUAUCACCGAGUCACCCGAUCCCCGGUGGGAGAUCGGUUUCACCGUUUCUGAUGGCUCAUUCCAGCAAGUCUCAUUUGUCAACUCAAUCGCCACUACGUCCGGUGGUACCCAUGUCAAUUACAUCGCCGAUCAGAUUGUCAACCGCCUCAUGGAGAUCGUCAAGAAGCGCAACAAGGGUGGUGCCGCCUUGAAACCAAAUCAAAUUCGAAAUCACAUCUUUAUCUUUGUCAACGCCUUGAUCGUCAAUCCUGCCUUUACUUCUCAAACGAAAGAGCAGCUCACGACAAAAGCCAGUGCCUUUGGCAGCAAAUGCCAGGUAUCUGACGAGUUCAUGAAAAAAAUUGCAAAGACCGAGGUCAUUAAUAAUAUCCUCCACUUUGCUCAACAGAAGGCCGAUCAGAUCCUGAAAAAGUCUGAUGGUAGUAAGCGAAGCCGCAUGAACAAUCCCAAAUUGACCGACGCCAACAAAGCCGGGACCAGAGAAGGCCACAAAUGUACCUUGAUCCUUACUGAAGGUGAUUCAGCCAAAGGUCUUGCCAUGGCAGGUCGUUCCGUUGUUGGUCCGGAUCUGUUUGGAGUUUUCCCGCUUCGUGGAAAGUUGCUCAAUGUUCGUGAUGCCUCUGUCGAUCAAAUCUCCAAGAAUGCAGAGAUUCAGAACAUCAAGAAUUUCCUUGGUCUCCAACACAAGAAGGUCUACACCGACACUCAAGGCCUUCGUUACGGUCAUUUGAUGAUCAUGACUGAUCAGGAUCACGAUGGAAGUCAUAUCAAAGGGUUGUUGAUCAACUUUUUACAAGUCCAGUUCCCUAGUCUCCUGAAGAUCCCGAAGUUCUUGGUCGAGUUCAUUACGCCAAUCGUCAAGAUCUAUAAAGGUGACCCGAAAAAUCCUUCGCAAUCUCGCGCCUUUUACACCAUGCCCGAAUACGAAGCAUGGAAAGCUUCACAUCAACAUGAACGUGGAUGGGAACACAAGUACUACAAGGGUCUGGGUACUAGCACAACAGAGGACGCCCAGCAAUACUUCAACGACAUCGACAAGCAUCACAAAGAGUUUGACGUCAUGCAAGACGAUGAGGCAGGCUUGAUAGAGCUCGCUUUUUCGAAAAAGAAGGCCGAUGAACGUAAAGAAUGGCUUCGUCAAUUCAAACCUGGCACAUACCUCGACCACUCCACAAGAAACAUCUCAUAUACUGAUUUCGUCAACAAAGAGUUGAUCUUGUUCAGCAUGGCAGACAAUAUCCGAUCUAUCCCUUCGGUGAUUGAUGGGCUCAAGCCCGGUCAGCGCAAGGUCAUGUACACCUGCUUUAAGCGCAAUCUCAGGAAGGAUAUGAAGGUGGCUGAACUUGCUGGUCUAAUUGGUGGCAUGACAGCAUAUCACCAUGGCGAGGUCUCUCUGCAACAAACCAUUGUUGGUUUGGCACAGACCUUUGUGGGUUCAAACAAUGUCAAUUUGUUGGAGCCCUCCGGACAGUUCGGUACUCGAAAUCAAGGUGGUAGUGAUUCCGCCAGCGCUCGUUAUAUUUUCACCAGAUUGUCACCUUUUGCUCGCAAGCUCUUUCAUCAAGCAGAUGAGCCUCUGCUGAAGUACCAGACAGAUGAUGACAAGCCCAUUGAACCCGACAUCUACGUUCCUGUCGUGCCUCUGGUUCUCAUCAACGGGGCUGAUGGCAUUGGCACCGGUUGGAGCUCCUCGAUCCCCAACUACAACCCAGAAGAAAUCGUCGAAAAUCUCCGACGUCGAAUGGACGGCGAGGAGUGGAAGCCCAUGCAGCCUUGGUUCAGAGGGUUCAAGGGCGAGGUCAAGCCCACAGGACCCGAUCGGUACCAGUUCAGCGGAAUCAUUCACCAAACUGGUGAUACCGAAGUCGAAAUCACUGAGUUGCCAAUCCGUACCUGGACCCAGGAUUUCAAGGACAAACUUGAGGAAAUCAUCAAAGCCGAAAAGGUUCCUUCCUUCAUCAAGGAUUACAAGGAUUACAAUACGCAUGAUACUGUACACUUUAUCAUUCAGCUCGAUGAGAAGCAUAUGAAAUCCGCCAAUGAAGAAGGAUUACUGGAGAAAUUCAAACUCACCAAAUCCAUUGCCACUUCGAAUUUGGUGGCCUUCGACCCUCAAGGACGCAUCACGAAGUAUGCAAACGUCGAGGCCAUUAUGGACGAAUUCUACAGCUACCGGCUUCAGCUAUACGCAAAGAGAAAGGAGUGGCUUCUCGAGGACAUGUCAAAAGGCUUGAGACGAUUGACGAAUCAAGCCCGAUUUAUUCAGAUGAUUAUCGAUGGCAAGCUGGUCAUUUCCAAGAAGAAGAAAGGAGUCUUGAUCGCCGAGCUUCAGAAACUUGGAUUCGACGCCUUCCCCAAAACGAAAGACGCUACCAAGGAGACAGAGGAGACACCUGCUGCCGAAGACGAAGACAACAUGGAUGACGAUAGUGUUGAUGCAAGUGCUUAUGAUUAUCUACUCAGCAUGGCACUUUGGUCCUUGACACAAGAGCGGGUAGAAAAGCUUCAGAGACAGAUCGGGGACAAGGAGACGGAAAUUGAUAUACUCAUGAAGAAGUCUAAGGAAGACUUGUGGAAGGCCGAUCUCGACGAGUUUGCUGCGGAAUGGAAAUUCCAGCUUGAAGAUGAGCACAAUCGCAAGCGAAACAUUCGAAAAGGGCGUCGUGUUUCCAAGAAGUUUGCCACGUCUGCAAGCGCAAAGCCAGGGGGCAAGAAACGCAAAGGUGGACUGGGAGAUCACUAUGACGACGAUGGGUCUGAUUUUGAAGAGUAUGCGCCCAAAGCUAAGAAGCGUGCACCAGCUGCAAAGGCGUUGAAGACGGAAGACUCGCUCGAUUCAGCUUCAUCUGCCCCUGUUCCCAAGCCUGCGAAGAGAGCUGCUGCUAAGGCCGCCAAGCCAAUCAAUCUUGACUCUGAAACAUCAGAUUUCGAAGAGAUGCUUCUGCCGGUGGCCGAACCAAAGAAAACCAUCGAAAAGCCAGUCAAGAAGCGACCAGUAGAAGAAAGUUUCGGAGGAAGUGACAUGGAAGAAGUCCAACCCCAACCCAAGAAGCGAGCAGCAUCUGCGAAGCCUGCAGCUAAACCAGAAGGGCAGCGUUCUAUCACCUCCUACACCGCGCCAAAGACGAAUGCGAUCAAGAAGGCUAUGGAACAGCGCAAACUCUACAGUGAUGGCAGCAGUGACCCCUUCGAUGAGCCUGAAUCCGAAGCACCUCUCAAAGAGGUUUCUGAUUUCAACGAGGGACGGCCAAAGGCUAAUCCCCGAGGUGGUCGGGUGAAGGAAGUCAAGAAGUACACCAUUGACAGUGAAUCGGAAAGUGGCUCAGACAACGGUGAUGACUUGCUUGCCGAUCUUGGAGACAUGGUCAAAGGCCUACCCAAGGCAGAGAAACCGGCCCCAGAGGUAAAAGCAGUCGUAGCACCCAAGCCAAAGAAAGCCCCGGCAGCCUCAAAGGCGAAGAAACCAGCAGCAACAACCACCACUACCACCACCAAAACAGACCAAUCGCCUGUUGCCAAAGCUUACGCGAAAAGACUGGCCAAGACCAAUGCCAAAAAGAUCGUGGAUUCGGAUGAUGAUUUUGACGACUGGGAUUGAGGUUGAGACGGGUAACUCUUUAGACCGUUCUUGAGGAGGCGUAUCGGGCACGUGGGUGACCGCCGAGACAGGGAAAAUCCUCGGAUGGAGCAAUGGGAGUAUUUUCCUUUGGGCUAUGACAGGCCAUCACCAAGUAUAUUAGAUGACAGGCGAUGUACAAUCUAGUUUCUGUGCUACGUUUUCUUUGUCUGUUCGUGGGAAGAUACUGAUAUGGAAGCAAGGCUGGCCAAUCAGAAACGUGCUUUGUGUCACCAUUC